CCGCCAUGUUGUGGGGCUGAGCCGCCGCGGGAGGCGGAGGAGCCGCAGCCCGAGCGGAGCCGCCGCUCGUGGGCAGCGCAACAGAUGGCUGAGAGCUAGCGAGGCAGAUCCGGGACCAUGAUGGCUCAGUUUCCCACAGCCAUGAACGGAGGUCCAAACAUAUGGGCCAUCACCUCCGAAGAGCGGGCCAAGCACGACAAGCAGUUCGAUAGCCUUAAACCCACGGGAGGCUACAUUACAGGUGAUCAAGCACGUACCUUUUUUUUGCAAUCGGGACUACCAUCUUCAGUCCUUGCUGAAAUAUGGACACUAUCAGACCUGAACAAGGAUGGAAAAAUGGAUCAACAGGAGUUCUCUAUAGCCAUGAAACUCAUCAAGCUGACAUUGCAAGGACAGCACUUGCCUGCAGUUCUCCCUCCUGUCAUGAAACAAGCUCCAGUAUUUUCGCCACUAAUGUCAGCUCGCUUUGGAAUGGGUAGUAUGCCAAAUCUGUCCAUGCCAACGUCCAUGUCUACAAUCACACCAUUAGCUCCCAUGUCUCUGGCUUCCAUGACUUCCAUUCCUCCCUUGGUUAUCUCUGCUCCCCUGGUGCCUUCUGUCAGUACCUCCUCGUUGCCAAAUGGAACAUCCAGCCUUCUGCAGCCUUUGUCCGUACCUUUCUCUUCAACGCUGCCUCAUACUGGCUCUUUAGGUCCUGUGGCAGGAGGGUUUGGUGGUUCUAAUAUACAGAAGGCACAGUCACUCAUCGAUUUAGGAUCUAGCAGUUCAAAUUCUUCCUCUAGUGCAUCACUAGCUGGGAAUUCACCAAAGAUUACAACCUCAGACUGGGCAGUUCCUCAGGCCUCCAGAUUAAAAUACAGACAGAAAUUUAACAGUCUUGACAAAAGUAUGAGUGGAUAUUUAUCAGGAUUUCAAGCAAGGAAUGCCCUUCUGCAAUCAAACCUUUCACAGACUCAGCUGGCUACUAUUUGGUCACUGGCUGAUAUUGAUGGAGAUGGGCAGCUGAAGGCUGAUGAGUUUGUUCUGGCCAUGCACCUCACUGACAUGGCCAAAGCUGGGCAGCCACUGCCACUGACUCUGCCUCUCGAACUGGUGCCACCUUCCUUCAGGAGUGGAAAAUAUACUGAAAAUAUAAAUGGAACUCUGCCAUCUUACCAGCAUGUGCAAGAGGAGGAGCCACAGAAAAAACAGCCAGUGACAUUUGAGGACAAAAGGAAAGCCAACUACGAGAGGGGAAAUAUGGAGCUGGAGAAACGCCGCCAGGUCCUGCUGGAGCAGCAGCAGAGAGAGGCUGAGCGCAAGGCUCAGAAAGAGAGAGAAGAACAAGAGCGAAGGGAGAGGGAACGUCAGGAACAAGAACGGAAAAGACAACUGGAAAUGGAAAGGCAGCUGGAGAGACAACGAGAGCUGGAAAGACAAAGGGAGGAAGAAAGGAGGAAAGAAAUAGAAAGGCGGGAGGCAGCAAAGCAAGAACUUGAGCGCCAGCGACGACUGGAAUGGGAGAGAAUUCGUCGCCAAGAACUUCUUAAUCAACGGAACAGGGAACAAGAAGAAAUUGUCAAGUUGACCUCUAAAAAGAAGAGCCUCAAUCUUGAAUUAGAAGCUCUGACGGACAAACACAAGCAAAUCUCAGGCAGAUUGCAAGAUAUUCGUAGCAAAAAGCAAGCUAGAAAAACUGAACUGGAGGCUUUAGAUAGGAAAUAUGACCAAGGAAUCAUGGAAGUCAAGCAGCUGCAACAACAGCUUGAGGAUUAUCAGAAUAAACUAAUCUAUUUGGUUCCUGAAAAGCAGUUGCUAAGUGAAAGGAUAAAAAAUGCUCAACUUGAAAACACUCAGAGUACAGGAGUCAGUUCAGUGAACAAGAAAUCUCUAGAAAAAGAAGAAUUAUGCCAAAGACUUAAAGAACAAUUAGAUGCCCUUGAGAAGGAAACUGCAUCUAAACUUGCUGAAAUGGAUGAAUUUAACAGUCAGCUUAAGUGUGAGAAUAUGGAUGAUUCUGUUCUUCAGUGCCUUUUGUCUCUGCUAAGCUGUCUCAACAACCUCUUCCUCUUACUUAAGGUUAUUUUCUAAUCUUUGGCUUUUUUGGUUUUUUAAUUAUUUCGCAAU